AUGGCACUCACCUAUCUGGCUAUCCAUCGCCUGUUCGAGACAUACUUGAGUGCAAGGGCAAUGGGAUCUCUUGAUUAUGCUGCAGUCAUCGCGACUGCCGUGCGCGAGCUUGAAAAUACGGAUAAGAACUUAGACAGCUUGGAAGGAGGCCUUCUGGAAGUUAGACGACUUGUUAUGCAGGCUCACGACAAGGUGGUGAGGUCUCCAGAGAUAAGCAAGAUGCAGGCAUCUCAAUGUAAGCGGGUGCUGGAGCUCGGACGGAAAAUCAUCCACUCUCAUGAUACGGUGCUUUCGAUGUCUCCAGAGAUAAGGGAGCUGCAUGCGGCUCAAUGUACUCUGACGCCGGAGCGACGCCAGACAUUUGUUUGUGAAGAAGAGUCGCAGACUGCCGUUGGGGAGGACGGAAAUCGUUAUCGUCGGGAGCUUGAGGGGCAAAGAUCGCUACAGGAUUACGCAGGUGUUGGGCUCUAG